AUGUUGCGUGCGAUCGUGUUGUGUCUGUUGUCUGUGUGUGUCCUGUGCGAGGAUUCGCGGGUUGUGCACACAACACAGGGUCCCAUACGAGGACACAGGUCUUCCACAUUCGAUGGCUUCGUAUUCUACAAUGUACCCUAUGCCACGGCUCCUACCGGCAGGGACAAAUUUAAGGAACCUGGGCCACCACCAGAGUGGGAAGAAAUAUAUGAUGCGGUUGACAGGCAGAUUAUUUGUCCACAACCAAACGUUUUUGGUGUGCCAAUGCCCUAUAAUAUUCAAGAGGAUUGCCUCAUCGCAAAUAUCUACGUCCCAAAUGUCGACGAGGUACUACCAGUUGUAGUGUUCGUUCACGGUGGAGCAUAUAUCCUGGGAUACGGGGACAUGAUAUCACCAGAAAACAUGGCAGCGUCGAAAAAAGCUAUCUUCAUAACCUUUAACUACCGCUUAGCGGGCCACGGGUUCCUUUGCUUGGGAACCGAGGACAUCCCCGGAAACACUGGCAUGAAGGAUCAAGUGGCUAUGCUUCGGUGGGUGCAGAAGAACAUCGCUAGCUUCGGAGGUGAUCCGAAAGAUGUAACCAUCGGAGGAGCGAGCGCCGGCUCAUCCGCCGUAGAUCUCUUGAUGCUUUCAAAGAUGACGAAGGGUCUGUUUAACAAGGUCAUCCCGGAGAGCGGGGCUAACACGGCCGCCUUCAGCGUACAACCGGAUCCAAUCGAAGCUGCCAAAGAGUACGCAAAGCUACUAAACUAUACUGGCACCGAUGAUAUUUACGAAUUGGAAGAAUUUUUCAAAUCACUGCCAGUGGAGGUUCUGAAUUCAGUCAUGACUUUGUUGACUCGAACCGACGCUACGUUUUUAGUAGGACCUUGCGUAGAACGGGAAACCGGAAAAGAAAUAUUUCUGCACGACAGCCCAGUCAAUAUUUUGAAAAGCGGUGAUUACGAGAAAGUGCCCAUAUUGUAUGGUUUUGCUAACAUGGAAGGUUUAUUUCGUGUGGGUGUAAUGGGGGACGAUUUAAAAUCGGAUAUGGAGAGAAUGGACACACAUUUUUCUGAAUAUUUACCAGCUGACUUAACCUUCGAUACUCCCGAGGAGAGGGAGGAAGUGGCAAGAAAGAUAAAGAACUACUUUUUCGGUUCCAGAGUGGACGAAGAACACAUUCUUGAUUAUGUGAAUUACUUUUCAGACGUUUUAUUCAUGUUUUCAACUUUAAGAUCAGUAAAAUAUCACGUAGAAGCUGGCAACAACGAAAUAUAUUUGUACGAGUAUUCGUUUACCGACGAGAAUACUCCUCUAGUACCGUUCACUAAUAUAAGUGGCGCCACUCAUUGCGCUCAGUCGGAUGCUCUGUGGCCAUCUAAGGUAGUUCCAACUCCUCAAAAUACCACUACAGAAUACCAAGAAAUUCAAAAGAUUUUGCAAGAAUUGUGGAUAAAUUUCAUAACAACAGGUAAACCUGUACCCGAAGGCUCCGGUCUGCCGGAGUGGCCAGCGGUGGGCAGAAAUUGGUCUCCGCACAUGUCUCUGGGGCAGGCGGUGGAGCUGCGCGGCUCGCUGCUGGAAGAGCGCGCGCUGUUCUGGGAGGAGAUCUACGCGCUCCACUAUCGCUCCCCGCAGCCUCCGCCCCCGCCACUAUCGCUAUCCGCAGCCUCCGCCCGCGCCACCGAAAUGCACCGAAUCGUAGAAUUGUUGUUUUUGAUAUUAUAUAUAAAUUACUAGCUGUCCCGGCAAACGUUGCU